CAUCUUCACGGCCGCUUCUGCUUUCUUUCAAACGUUUUUCUCAUUCCCUGCUCCGAUUCCGAUUCCGAUUCAUCGCCAUCGUAAAAUUAGGGUAUAAUAGCUGCCGGCGACGGGAAAUUUGAGAGUUCCUCGUUCGAUCUUUAUAUAGGCGAUUUGUAUAUAGGGACGAUGCCGAAUCCGAGGUCCUACCGGAAGGGGGCAGAGGAUAAGAAUCGGAAGGGGAAGCUUACUGAGAAAUCGUCGUCGUUCCAUGGGGAAAGUUCGACGAAGACGACGACUAUGCUUCGGCGACCGAAGACAGAUCCGGAGUUAUCGUCCUUCAAGAAUCUAGGUAUAUCGGCGCCGUCGCUGGAUGGACGGCCGAAGAUGACGAAAUUGCUCCUCAACGUGACGAUUCAGGGGAGCGUAGGGCCAGUACAGGUAAUCGUGUCGCCGGAGAUGACUGUCGCUGAUCUUGUGGCGGCGACCGUACGCCAAUACUUGAAGGAAGGCCGUCGGCCGAUUUUGCCGACUACAGAUCCCUCCACCUUCGACCUCCAUUAUUCGCAAUUCAGCUUAGAAAGUUUGAAUAAGGAGGAGAAGCUAAUAGCCUUGGGAUCUAGAAACUUCUUUCUGUGCCCUAGAAAAUCAGAGGACGAAGGCGAUGUAAUGGCUUCUUUGUCGUCGUCCUGCUCGAAACAGGCUGAAGAAAGUUCGAAGACUUCCAGCAGUUCCAGUUGGUUCAAAUUCAUCGAUUUCCGGAUUUAGAUACCGCCAUAGAGAACCGAAUUCCUUAAUAUUUUCAAUCUAUCACUGUGAAAAAUCAUCUUCCAAUUCUCUAGGCCAUAUAAGUUAUGGUAGAAUUAUCUCCAGUACUAAAGUUCUUGAGCAAUUUCCAAUUGCUUGGUUUGAUUAUUAUCCUAGUUCGAUCGAGCAAAGGAAAAGCGAUAUUUCUGCAACUCUGUUCUUCGCUUGCUUGCUCAGAAUCGACGCGGGGAAGAUUUCGAUUUUCAAUAUGUACAUAAUAGGUUUUGGUAAUCGAUCUGCUAGCUUAAAUCAGCUCCGGAAACCAAAAUUUUCCGGGAAAAUUCUGUGAAGAUGAAAAUAAUUAAUGUGAAAAGUGUGUUAAAUUCAGUUUGUGCCUGAGAUCUCUAGCCUCUCCCAAAUCAUUUCCUCAGCUUCUGAAACUUCCAGCUUCAGAUAACGGAGUUACAGUUGGAAGACUCUUGGAACUUUCGUGCUAGUUCUGAAAACUUGGGAGAAAUAUGAGUUACUUGAUAAUUGAUAUGGGAAGAAAAAAUUCAGUGAAAGAAAAGAAGUGUAAUCGCUACAAAGUUCAAUGUUACCACGAACUUUCAGAUUUAUUAUUUUAGGAACAUUUGAACUUUUAAAGAUAAAUUUCAUCAUUCUUGCGGCGACGUCA